AUGGCGGCGGAGUACCCCAAGCACCCGUUUCUCCUCACCAUUGAGGAGACGGCGGAAGCCCUCGGUACCAGUAUCGACAAGGGACUUACAAACCAACAAGUUGCGCAAGCUCAGGAGAAAUACCCAAAGAAUGAGCUUGACGUUGGCGGUACUAUACCUUGGUAUAGUAUCUUGACCAAACAAUUGCUCAAUGCCAUGAUUAUUGUUCUCGCAUUUGCUAUGGCUCUCAGUUUCGGUAUCAAAGACUACAUCGAAGGUGGUGUGCUUGUCUUUGUUAUUGUCCUCAAUGUUACCAUUGGAUUCUGGCAAGAGUACCGCGCUGAGAAGCGCAUGGAUGCUCUCCGAGCUCUGUCCUCUCCCAGCGCCAUGGUUCUUCGCGAUGGCAAGACCCAGGUUAUCUCCAACCCCGAAGUCGUUCCUGGUGAUAUCGUCCUCCUCAAGAUGGGUGACACAGUCCCCGCCGAUCUCCGCCUCUUUGAAGCCAUGAACCUUGCCUGCGAGGAAGGCCAAUUGACUGGCGAGUCCAUCCCCGUCGAGAAGAUCACCGACAACAAUAUCACCGCUCCUGGAACCGAGAAGCUUGUCCAGUCCGAGGAUGAGAUUGGUAUCGGUGACCGUGUCAACAUGGCAUAUGCCACCACCGUUGUCCGUAAGGGCCGUGGCCGUGGUAUUGUCACUUCCACCGGAAUGUCUACUGAAGUCGGAAAGAUCGCCGCCUCUACCUCCAAGAAGACUCGCAAGGCUGGCCGCUCUAUGAACUACAAGAAGUACGGAAAGAAGCAGCCUUUUGUUGGUGCUUCCAAGCGAGCAUACGAUGUUAUUGGCAAGUUCUUGGGUCUUACUGAGGGAACACCUCUGCAGCGAAAGCUCUCAGCUCUCGCCUAUGUUCUCUUCGGCUGUGCCAUUAUUCUUGCCAUUGUUGUGUUUGCCGUCAACAAGUUUGAUAUGAAGAACGAGGUCAUUAUCUAUGCCACUUCAUUGGGUAUCGCUAUUAUUCCCGAAUCCCUCGUGGCUGUUUUGACCAUCACCAUGGUUGUUGCUGUCACUGUCAUGCGAAAGGCCAACGUCGUUGUCCGUGAUCUUUCCGCUCUCGAAGCUCUCGGAGGAGUUACCAACAUUUGCUCCGACAAGACUGGUACUCUCACCGAAGGUGCCAUGAUUGUUCGCAAGGCUUGGAUCCCCUCCUCCCAUAUUUACACUGUCCGCGACUCUCAGAGCCCCAACGACCCCACCAAGGGCCGUGUCACCUAUUCCAAGCAGAAUGAUGCCGAACCCGAAGAGAAGGAAGCUCCUCGUGAUUAUGAUCGUGAGCGAAGUGCCGCCGUUCUCAAGUUCGAUGUCCCAGAUGAGAAGCUUAACCAGAAUCAGAACAAUAACCAGUCCAGGAAGCCCGAGCCCGAGGUCGAAUGUGAAAUGACUGAUGAGCUUUCGGCUUUCUUGCUCUCUUCUGCCCUUUGCAACUUGGCUACCGUCCGUUACGAUGAUGAGGAAGAGAAGUGGCAGGUCACUGGCGAGCCUACCGAAAUCGCUCUCCAGGUCUUCACCCACCGCUUCAACUCUGGCAAGAAGACUCUCGAGGGUGACGGCUGGAAGCAGAUUGCCGAAUUCCCCUUCGACAGCUCCAUCAAGCGCAUGUCCGUUAUCUACGAUGCCCCUGAAGGUGCUAAGGGAUCUAUCAUCGAGACUGAUAACUCUAUGGUCUUUACCAAGGGUGCCGUUGAGCGUGUCUUGGAUCUUUGCGACUACGUUGGCACUGGAGCUGAUCAGCAGACCAUGACUGACGAGCUGAAGGAGAGUGUUUUUGAGCAGAUGAACAACCUCGCUUCUCAAGGCCAACGUGUUCUUGCUAUUGCUUACCGUCCUUGGGAUGGCCGCUUCACUGCCAAGCAGGCUUCUUCUCCCGCCGAGGACGAGAAGCUCCGUACUGAGGUUGAGCAGGGUCUCAUUCUACUUGGUCUUGCCGGUAUCUACGACCCCCCUCGUCGCGAAACUAAGCCCUCUAUUGCUGAGUGUUCCAAUGCUGGUAUCCGCGUUCACAUGCUUACUGGUGAUCACCCCGAAACCGCCAAGGCCAUCGCUAAAGAAGUCGGUAUCAUUCCCAAGAACCUCGGUGUUCUGCCUGAUCACGUCGCGAAAUCGAUUGUUCAGAAGGCUACCGACUUUGACCGAAUGACUGAUGACGAGAUCGACGCCCUCGAGGAACUACCUCUGGUUAUCGCACGUUGCGCUCCUGACACCAAGACCCGUAUGAUUGACGCUCUUCGUCGCCGCGGUGCCUUCAUGGCCAUGACUGGUGAUGGCGUCAACGAUGCUCCCUCUCUGUCUCGUGCUGAUGUUGGUAUUGCUAUGGGUUCUGGUUCUGAUGUGGCCAAGUCCGCUUCCAAGAUCGUGCUCACUGACGACAAGUUCAACUCUAUCGUCGCUGCUAUCCGAGAAGGUCGCCGCAUGUUCGACAACAUCCAGAAAUUUGUCCUCCAUCUUCUGACGUCCAACGUUGGUGAAGUUAUUCUCCUUGUUUGCGGUCUUGCUUUCGUCGACGACAGCGGCUUUUCCGUGUUCCCUGUUUCGCCUCUUCAGAUUAUCUGGAUCAACAUGGCUACCUCUUCGUUCCCUGCCUUCGGACUUGGUCGUGAACAGGGUGCCCAGGACAUCAUGCGCAAGCCCCCGCAAGACAAGAAGCGUGGUGUCUUCACCAACCAGAUUAUUGUUGACAUGAUUGUCUACGGUAUUAUCAUGGGUGCUUGUACUAUGUGCACGUUCUGCAUCAUCAUCUAUGGCGCCAAUGGCGGUAACUUGGGUGAAGAGUGCAACCAGAGAUACUCUGAGGCUUGUAUUCCCGUGUUCAAAGCUCGCGCUGCUACCUUCGCCGAACUGACCUGGUUGAUUCUGAUCUCCGCCUGGGAGUUCAAGAGUCUUCGCCGCUCCAUCUUCCGCCUCAACCCCGACGACGACAGCAAGUUCCCCGUCUUCAAGGAUAUCUAUUCCAACCGCUUCCUCUUCUGGUCUGUCAUCAUUGGCGGUCUCUCGGUCUUCCCCGUCGUCUACAUCCCCGUUCUCAACCACAAGUUCUUCAAGCACACUGGUAUCACGUGGGAGUGGGCUCUGUCUGUUGGCUUCACCAUCGUCUUUGUGGCCGGUAUUGAGCUCUGGAAGAUGACCAAGCGACACUUCCAUCUUCUUGAGGACGCCCCUGUCCGUCGUGGUGUCUGGGGCCAGGGAGGUGAAGACGGAGGUCGACUUGCUCGAACCAUGUCUUUCUCCAGCUUCAAGACCUGGGCUUCCUUCUCACGCAAGGACACUGGCGAGUCUCUCGGAAAGCGAUCUACAUCUCGUGCACCUGCCGACCGACAUGUUGUGCCUCAGGGUCUCGCAGCCACUGAGGCUUAG